UGGAGUAGGAUAAGCAUAGCUUAGCUGUUAACAGAUUACACACAUAAUCUUCUAUAAAUUAACCAAUCACAAAUUUUUUUUUUUUUCCUUUCUAAUUAAGACUAAUAGUAAUGGAAAACAUGGCCAUCCAAAGCGAUCAUUAUCAUCAUCAUCUGCUGGAGAAUGUAUGGGCGACCUUCAUUAAUGGAGAUGAUGGAGGAGACAAGCGAACAAGAAAUACACAAGGGGAUCCCAAAUCAUGGGAAGAUCAGUUGCCUUGUCUUGACGGGAGAGAAGAUUCAAUGAAGAUCCUUCAACGGCUACCAAGUCUAGGCAGGUGGAUGUCAAUGGGAGCUGAGGCCUGGGAGGAACUUCUUGCAGGGAUUGUCCCCUCUAGUCAGAAUAUUACAGAUUCUGCUUUCGAUUAUAGCUCAGAAAAGAAAAGCUCCAAGUUGAUGAACAAUGUCAAAGGAGAGAGAACGACUCAAAGACAUUACAGGGGAGUGAGGAGGAGACCUUGGGGUAAAUAUGCAGCAGAGAUAAGGGACUCGUCGAGGAAAGGAGCUAGAGUUUGGCUUGGAACUUUCGAUACGGCAGAGGAUGCAGCUUUAGCUUAUGACAAAGCUGCUUUAAGAAUCAGAGGGCCAAAAGCAAACCUCAACUUCCCAUUUGAGACGGUUGCAAAGGCCAUGGGCGUCGACUGCUCUAGCAAUCUUUCAUCAAAAGCUUGUAACAAAACGAGCGAGAAUUCCUAUAAAUUUCUUGCAGGCAGCAAUGGCGACAAUGUUCCAAGGCAUAGAAAAAGGGUGUCAAGAGACUGGGAAGAGAGUAGUACGGACAUGAUGCGUGAUCAAGAGCCUGCAUUAAAGAGAAUGGCUACUGUGGAAGAGUCGAAGUUUGGCAAUGGAUUUGAUGUGUUAGAAUUUCAGGACCUCGGCAGUGAUUAUUUGGAUAGUUUGCUUUCGUCCUUGUGAUUUUUCAGGUGUCAAGAUAGAAAAUUGCUAUCAGAGAUUAUGUUGUAAUUUAAAUUUAUGGG